AUGGCUUUUUCAAUAGACGUUUUCUGGGGGAUCUUCUGGCAGAUCGUAGCUCCAGUGGCAGCUCUGGGCCUUCUUGCCAUAACUAUUAUCUUGGCCUCGCUAUUUAUCUCCCACAAUGCCAAACUUUCAAAAGUCCGCCGCCGCGGUGGCCCCGUUCAUGUUCUUAUCGUUCUCGGCAGCGGAGGUCAUACGACAGAGAUGCUCUACAUGUUGAACAAGACUGCUUUCAAUACCAGUCUCUGGACUUAUCGGACCUACGUCACAACUUCUGGCGACAACUUCAGUGCGAGGAAGGCAGCCGAGUUCGAGGCCCAGGUCGGAGGUAAGGCCACGAAGCAAACAUCUCCCAAAGAAGAUGCAACAUCUUCAAUCGCAACACAUAAUAUGUUCCAAAGGGGUUCCCACCCUGGUGAAAAAGAUGAGAAGACAGCGCCAACAACCAAGAACCCCGCAGAGGACAAAUUCCCCACAUCUGGCGAGUCCUUCAGAAUCAUCGAGGUCCCCCGAGCAAGACGUGUCCAUCAGUCAUAUCUGACAGCGCCCUUCUCAACCCUCCACUGCUUCUGGGCCUGUCUCCUUAUCCUCACCGGGCGAUCUCCGAGCCAUCAGUCUCUCCCUCAAACACUCGAGACUGCCCUCCCAGAUAUAAUCAUCAGCAAUGGCCCAGCCGUUGCCGUAUGCAUGAUUAUAGCAGCCAAGUUUCUUCGCUUCUUCAUUUUUGUUUCCCGUUGGCUCACCGGUCGAGGUUUUUCACCGGAAAUCGCACGGUUACGAACAAUUUACGUAGAAUCUUGGGCGCGAGUUCGUCAUCUGAGCGUUUCUGGGAAACUACUUCUUCCUUUCGCCGACCUGUUCAUUGUGCAGUGGCGCCCUCUUGAGGGACUACGUGCUUGGUGGGGCAUGAAGAGGACAGAACAUAAGGGCUGGCUGGUUAUUUGA